GCCACGGGAAGGAGGCUCGCCGUCGCAGCCGGCAAGGAGUGCCUCGGCUUCAUCGCCGGCGACAAGAUGGGAGACCAGCAGUGAAGAGGGCCACCGCUGUGCGCCUCCUCUCAAUCCCGCUACUUCAUGGGCACCGAGGCUAGGAGCGCCGCGUCAGCCAACUUAUGAUCAGUGGCCCGACAACGGCGAGCAACGUCCCCGUCCCCCUUUGCGAGAAAGGGGCAGCCGAGCACGACGUUGCCAUCAAUGCUCUCCCUCUGACUGAUAUCAUCGAGCCACUUGUGGACCAUCUGGUGGCGGCGUCGCUGAAGGAGAAAGUCGCCAAGGAGGCGUCUGACGCUGCUGCUGCCGCUGCCAUAACGAGCGGCGGCAACGUUCCGAAAAAGGGGAGGACAUUCUCCUCUGUGGUCAGACAUCGUCGGAAGACGUCCACCCCCUCGGCCUCGGAUGCAUCUCCCACACCUCCACGACGGCAGUGGCUAGUGACGCUUGGCGAGAAGGCGGCGCGGCCAAAGGCGGCGCAAGAUGGGUCUAGAGGGACCUCCAACGCGUCUCCUGUCGUGGUCGCGCCUAGGAGCCGCGAGGCGACACCUAACGGCCUAGCUAGCGAUCUUGCGGCUGGUCGGGGUCUGCCGGCUGCCGUUCUCACCUGGGAGGAGCUCCAGGUCGAGAUGGGGUGCCUCCUCGAGGCUGGUGCUCGUGGCAUUGGCCACGAGAUCACGGAGGUGAAGGCGGCGGCGGCGUCGUCGGCGAAUGAGCGUGCUGAUCGGCUUGCGCGCGAUUUAGCGGAGGUUCGCGAGGACCUCCAUAAGAUGCGGGAGCUGGUGGCUGGCAAUGAGCGACAACGGCAAGGGCUCAAGCACCGUAUGUCUGAGCUUGAGAACCAUUUGUCAGAGAUCCGUGGCUCACUGCAGGUCACCUACACCGGCAUGCACCAGCUCGCCGGGUAGUGUGGUGUCAAGGCCACCAUCCCGACGAAUCCCAACGAGUUCUCGUUGUCGUCUUCGCUUGCGGAACUGGCAACGGCGAUGGAGGUGAUCCCCUCCAAGCACGCGGCCAUGGUCGGAGAGGAGACGUCCAACGGGAUCUAUACCGGGGCGUGCCAUGUCCUUGCGUGUGUGAGGCUGGCGCAUCCUGAACUCGAUCUGCGGAAGAUCUUGGAUCAGGGGGCGGCUAGCGAUGCGCGCAAGGAUGUGAUGGAGGAGGUCGGCGACCUGGGGGAGUCCGUCCUCCCGCUUUUUGAAGAGUAGGAUCUUAGCUCUCUUGUACUCUUUAGCCAUGCUUUGUAAAACUCUUAUUGGUUCAAACCACCUUUGUGUGUGCAGUAUUUUGAUC